CUACUUCACAAUGGACUGAACAGCAAAUUGGUUUUAUGUCCAUGGAUCAAUACCCAGUUCAGGAACCUCUUCUUUCAAGCCAAGGUGUCAAGAAGAGGCCUCUCUUUGUAUCGUCAGUGAAAUGGGUUCUCGAGAUUCUUAUGUGGGUGAUUUUCAUUGCAUGGGUUGUGUUUAUCUUUCUGUAUCCAACACAAUUUGGUAAUGAAUUGUUUGAGAAAUUUGUUGGAGCCAGCAGUGGAACUCUUUUUGGCCUUUCAGGAAGCAUAUUCUUAUUACUGAGUGGACCUAUUCUUCUUAUUGCAUUUCUUGCUAUUGCACAUCUGAUCAUCUCUGGAGAAGAUGAGUUUCACCAUAAGAAGAAUUCAAAGUAUCCAAGUGUCCGCCUGUGGACAUUUCCUGUUCUUGUGGAUGGACCAUUUGGGGUUGUUUCUGCUGCUGAGUUUAUUGGGAUUCUCCUGUUUGUUGUGUACAUCAUCUGGGCUGUCUAUGUCUAUACUCUGCGGAAUCUCAGCCUUAUCUCCCAGUUGCAUUUAACUUCUAAAGAUGAAGGCAUCUGGCUAUUAGAAUUGACAGGACUUCGACUUGGUAUGAUUGGAUUAUUUUGCAUGGUAUUUCUAUUCCUUCCGGUCGCAAGAGGAUCAGCCCUUCUCCGACUUAUUGAUAUCCCUUUUGAGCAUGCUACAAGAUACCAUGUGUGGUUGGGACACUUGACAAUGCUGCUUUUUACACUCCAUGGUCUAUUCUACGUAAUUGGAUGGGGAAUGCAGGGCAAUCUCCGUUAUGAAAUAAUAGAAUGGAGAGAUGUUGGCAUUUCCAAUCUUGCCGGUGUUAUCAGCCUUUUAGCUGGACUUUUUAUGUGGGUGACAUCACUUCCUGGUGUGAGAAAGUGGAAUUUCGAAUUGUUUUUUUACACCCAUCAACUAUAUGUGGUGUUUGUCCUCUUCUUUGCAUUCCAUGUUGGUGAUUUUAUUUUCAGCAUGGCUGCUGGUGCAAUAUUUCUUUUCAUGCUUGAUCGGUUUUUAAGAUUUUGCCAAUCACGAAGGACUGUUGAUGUAGUUUCAGCCAAAUGCCUUCCAUGUGGAACUGUGGAACUGGUCUUCUCAAAACCAGGAAAUUUGCGAUAUAAUGCCCUUAGUUUCGUUUUUCUUCAAAUCCGGGAGUUAUCAUGGCUUCAAUGGCAUCCUUUCAGCGUUUCAUCUAGUCCUUUGGACGGUAAAUAUCAUCUAUCCAUUCUCAUAAAGGUCCUUGGGAGAUGGACAGAUAAGCUUAGAGGAGUUAUCAUGAAAGCAUCUGAGGUAGAAACAGCAAAAUCACCGGACCAACCUUUCCAACCACAUACCAAGAUUACGGCUUCUGUUGAGGGGCCGUAUGGGCAUGAAGUACCAUAUCACUUGAUGUAUGAGAACCUCAUUCUAGUAGCUGGUGGAAUAGGAAUUUCACCUUUCUUGGCGAUCUUGAGUGAUAUUCUCCACCGAGUUAAUGAAGGCAGACCCUGCUUACCCAAAAAUGUCUUAAUUGUUUGGGCUGUGAAAAAGUCAAAUGAGAUUCCUCUUCUGUCAACUGUCGACAUGGAGUCAAUUUGUCCAUAUUUCUCUGACAAACUAAAUCUGGAAACCUGUAUUUAUGUUACCCGAGAAACAGAUCCCCUAUUAGAAGAGGGGAUCGUGCACAAGGCUACAAAUUCUUCUAUCUGCACUGCCUCAAAGGGAUGUGGCAUGUCAGUUUUGGUAGGGACAGGUGAUAACAUAUGGUCUGGACUUUACAUUAUUUCAUCUACAGUGGGCUUUAUUAUUUUACUGUGUCUGUUGGAUGUGUUCUAUAUUAACCGAUAUGGCGUACAAUCAUGGUGGUACAAAGGACUUCUUUUUAUAGUAUGCAUGUUUGCAAGUAUUUUUAUCUUUGGAGGUUGUGUGGUUGGAUUGUGGCAUCUGUGGGAGAGGAAAACUUCAGCCAGGGAUGAAUACCGGGAAGAUGGGAGGAAGGCUGAGAAGGUUCCAAAUAAUGAAGAUAUGGAAGAUAAGAACUUUUUUGAGAAAAACCAUUCAAGCUCUACUGUGAUACAGUAUGGUUCAAGACCAGACUUCAAAGAAAUUUUUGGAUCUGUAUCGAAGCGCUGGGGCUUUGUCGAUGUGGGGGUGAUAAUAUGUGGUCCUCCAACUCUUCAGUCAAGUGUUGCUAGAGAAAUCAGGUCUCAGAACUUGAGGAGAGAAUCCCAUGAUCCUGUCUUCCAUUUCCAUAGCCAUAGCUUUGAUCUGUAGCUAAAUGCUGCAGCAUUAUCUUAUAGUAUGUACAUCUGUAAUAUAUGAGACAGAAAGCUCUGUAUAUAGUAUGUAGACUGUAAUGCAUGUAAUCAGCACUUUGCCCGCUUAUAUUUAUUAGUCAAAAUUAUAAAAUACAAAUCUUAUUUAAGUACA